AUGGACAUGACCGGGGGCAUGAGACCCUUCUUCACGGGGUAUCCCUUUCAAGGUCAAGGCCGGAGAAACCAAUUGGGCGGACAUUUUAUAAAUGGACGACCCCUUCCCAAUCACAUCAGGAAGCAAAUUGUGGAGAUGGCACAUGCGGGCAUUCGCCCGUGCAAGAUAUCGCGGGAUCUCAAGGUCUCCCAUGGUUGUGUCUCGAAAAUUCUCAAUAGGUUUGAGGAAACUGGGUCAAUUAAACCUGGAGUCAUUGGGGGCAGUAAACCCAGGGUCGCGUCGGCGGAAGUUGAAGCUAGGAUUAUGCAGCUUAGGCGGGAAAACCCGGAAAUGUAUCCUUACGAAAUCCGGCAACGACUUAUUAAGGAGGGUUACGAGGAGGCACCAAGUGUUACCUGUAUAACUCGACUAUUACGAAGUAGCAGUAGGUCAAUGGACGAUAGCAAAAAGGAUUACACUAUAAAUGGAAUACUCGGUGCUGGUAAAUGUAUGGACGAGUCUGACACCGAGAGUGAACCCAGUAUAACAUUAAAACGAAAACAACGAAGAAGUAGAACAACAUUUACCGGAACUCAACUAGAACAGUUAGAGGCUUCCUUCCAAAGGGCGCAUUAUCCUGAUGUUUAUGCAAGGGAGGAGCUAGCUCAAAGAACAGGAUUAACGGAAGCAAGAAUACAGGUAUGGUUUAGCAAUCGGCGUGCAAGAAUGCGCAAGCACACGGGUAGUAUCGGCCACUCGAUGCAAAAUUUUUCAUCGAGUCAAGCCCCCUGCCAAUACGGAAUGGCAGAGCUGAGUCAAUUGAUGCCUCAGGUGCCAAGUGGCAUACCCCAGGUACCGACGAGUCUCCAUCAAGCCUCAGGUGGCACUAUUCAUCACUCACCCGCUAGUGUUGUCCAUCAGGUGGCAGCUACCAUAGUAAGCCAGGUGUUGCCAACAACCACGACGACUAUGAGUGGAGUUCACAAUUCCGUUCCCAUUCCUGGAUCACUUGGUGGUCUUUCUACUCCUCAGAUCAGCCAACCAGGCUCUUUGCAACCUGCUACGGGGUUGUCAGCACCCACCAGUCUAUCGCACAAUGUUGGCAAUAAUGACUGGACAAGGGCAUCACAACUCGGCUGGGGUAAUUUCAAUCAUUUUCAAGGCAGUGAAUACUCAUCAACUCAUCCGAGUCAUCACAAUCCCGCACACACGAUUGGCACCCAGGGGGUACAGAAUCCAGUUGGCAGUACUGAGUGGGGCUACGAUCAAGGAUACGACUACAGUCAUCAGCAUUCACAGCUUAAUUAUCAUCGGAAUGUGGGGGGAAUAUUUUAG